AAUGAAGUGUCAUUUGUUUUAUUGACUGAAAACAAAAUUACUGAUUAUUUUGACAUUUCUUUGAACUAUAAAUUCUGUGGAAUUUCUUUGUCAAAUAUGAAAUAAUAAUAAUAUAUUUAAUUCAAUAAGAGAUCCAAUUAACUUCGCUUCAGUUAAAAUAUUACCAUUCUUUCUAAUACGUUCCUCUUAUGACCUUAUGAGAAUGGCUGACUAUUGACAAAGGAACAAUCAAAAUGGCAGGAAUGUCACCAUCAGAGAUUUUUUUUUUAGAGAAGAUUACAAAAAGAAUUAAUGUCUCUUAUGAAAGAGCCUCCACCAGGAGUAACCGUAGACGCCGAAAUAGCUGAACAAAAUUUGUUACAUUGGAUCAUUCGAAUGGAAGGUGUCCCUGGUACUCUGUAUGAAGGAGAACAAUUUGAACUACAAUUUAAAUUCAGCAAUAAAUACCCUUUCGAUUCACCAGAGGUGACCUUUGUAGGAAAUAACAUUCCCAUACAUCCACAUGUAUAUAGUAAUGGUCAUAUAUGCUUAUCAAUUUUAACUGAUGACUGGUCUCCAGCUUUAUCUGUGCAGUCUGUAUGCCUUUCCAUAGUUUCUAUGCUCAGUAGUUGUAAAGAAAAGAAGAGGCCUCCAGACAAUGCAUUUUAUGUUAAGACCUGUAAUAAAAAUCCAAAGAAAACGAAGUGGUGGUAUCAUGAUGAUUCUGUUUGAAAAAUAUACAUAUACUACUUAAAAUUGUGAUUUAUUUAACUCUAUUGUAGGUCUUUAUAUUUUAUAUCAUAUUCUUUAAUCGAUUGAUUGAUUUAUAGGAACAACAUUGAAAUCUCAAUAGUGCCUGUCGUGGAUGUAUCUUAUUUAUUUGAAGAAAUAAAAUAUUUCAAAAUA